CAAAAGCAUAUUCGCACUGUGUCAUUGUCCCCUCGUCACUCUCAAAGGCCGAGGUGUGUCCUCUACACAUCUCGGCAUCCCUCCCUCUCCCUCCUGCUCUCUCACCCCUCACCACCAUUAAUAUCACUCUAAUCACAAGCAAUUAGCUUAACAACAAUAACAAUGGCGACAAUCCUACACCCUUCUCUUCAACAAUGUACCUCUUUCACACCAUUUCCCCAUUCUUCACUUCCUUCAAAUUCCAUCUCCGUUUUGUCUUCUCGCUUCUCUCUCAAAUUCAGAGUCCACGCAUGUUGCCAAACUCAAACAUCUCCAUCUCCAUUGCCUACUUCGAUUGAUUUUGUCAAUGGAAAUGCGGAUUUAAACUCCAUUCAGCGUUCCGAAAUUCGUUUUGGUUUACCUAGCAAAGGCCGCAUGGCUUCCGAUACUCUUCAAUUACUUAAGGAUUGUCAGUUGUCGGUAAGGCAAGCUAACCCUCGUCAAUAUGUAGCUCAAAUUCCUCAGAUUUCAAGCUUGGAAGUUUGGUUUCAGCGGCCAAAAGAUAUUGUAAGGAAGUUGCUGUCUGGAGAUUUAGAUCUUGGUAUUGUAGGAUUCGAUACCUUGAGCGAGUAUGGACAGGGCAGUGAAGAUCUCAUUAUUGUUCACAGUGCCUUGGAUUAUGGGGAGUGCCGCUUAUCACUUGCAAUUCCUAACUAUGGCAUAUUUGAAAAUAUUAAUUCUGUGAACGAGCUUGCUGCAAUGCCUCAGUGGACAGCUGACAAACCUCUGCGAGUUGCUACUGGCUUUACUUAUCUGGGUCCAAAGUUCAUGAAAGAGAAUGGUCUAAAGCAUGUUACCUUUUCAACUGCUGAUGGAGCGCUUGAGGCAGCCCCUGCUAUGGGCAUAGCUGAUGUUAUAUUGGAUCUUGUAAGUAGUGGAACAACCUUAAGAGAAAAUAAUUUGAAAGAGAUUGAAGGUGGUGUUGUGUUGCAAAGUCAGGCCGUGCUUGUUGCUAGCAGGAAAUCUUUAACCUAUCGUAACGGUGUUCUUGACACAACCCAUGAGAUAUUAGAAAGAUUUGAGGCACACCUGAAGGCACUUGGUCAGUUUACGGUAACUGCAAAUAUGAGGGGGAAAAGUGCAGAGGAUGUCGCUGAGAGAAUACUUAGUCAAUCAUCUUUAUCAGGGCUACAGGGCCCCACUAUUAGUCCUGUUUUCUGCAAAAGAAAUGGGGCAGUGUCAGCAGAUUAUUAUGCUAUAGUGAUAUGUGUUCCCAAGAAGGCUCUCUAUACGUCUGUUAAGCAGCUAAGAGCAAUUGGUGGUAGUGGAGUCCUCACUUCACCGCUCACCUAUAUAUUUGAUGAAGAAACUCCAAGAUGGCGUGAAUUGCUCUCCAAACUUGGCCUCUAAUGAUCAGCAUAUUUACUGCUCUCUUGUGCAUUUUACAGGGCGAGAGUAGGGAUGGCAACAGGUCCGAUUUGGAUCGGUUCAUGUGGAUCCAGAUCCAAAUCAGUUUUCUAAAGACUCCAGAUCCGUGGGCCUAAUUUGUCUGGAUCCAGUUUCUAGGAAACUAAUCCGGGCCAGGUCCAGGAUUCGUUGCCAUCUCUAGGCGAGAGUCAAGAACGUCACAUCCUUGGGAAUGGUUCAUAUUCAAGCUCAUACCAGAUUAAUAUGAUGAUCAUAGGAUUAUUAGGAUAGCAAUGUGUCAGCUAAUUGGAUAUUAAUGAAUGGAAGAUGAAAGAGAAUUUCGAAAUUAGUAUAUGCAUUUCACACCGCCCAGAUGCUUCAAUGAUAUACUUUCU